GGGUAGGACAGGUGUAAUUACGCCUCUGACACAGGAUGUUCACAGAACAGGUCAUGUGAUAUGAAUACAGUGGGCCAAGGGACACAAACUUUCCCCCCAUGGGUGAUUCAUGCUGUUCACUACCUGCAGAACUCCUACAGAGCGCAAGUAAGCAGGUGUAUAAACAUGCAAAAAAACUCGGCACAAAGGGCCGGGUCAUAAGCUUGUCUUAUUGUCUUGUGAUUUUUGUACACACGUGACUGAUCGGACUCUUUGCCGCAUUCGCAUUUCUUGCGAUCCCUAUAAAGGACCCUUCUAUCAGAACUUUUCAAAUCUCAAGCACCAUGUCUUCGAAUGAAACCAACAUUCCCAAAACCCAGCGAGCGGUCGUUAUGUCGCGGUUCAAACAACCUCUCGAAGUGAAGAAUGACUUUCCCGUGACCAAACCGUCCGACCUGAAGCCUGGACAGUGCUUGGUGAAGCUGGAAUAUUCAGGAUGCUGUCAUUCGGAUGUUCAUAUUAGAGAUAAUGAUUGGAGUACUGGGGCUUUUAUGUCAUUGCCAACCGUGGGCGGACAUGAAGGGGUUGGGAAGGUAGUCGCUAUUGCGGAGGGGACACUCUCGGUCGGAGCAAAUCCCGUCAAAGUGGGAGAUAGGGUUGGACUGAAGUGGUUCGGUAAUGCGUGUUUGAGAUGCGAGAUGUGCCGGAUGGGAUGGGAAACUUGCUGUCCUGUCGCUCGAGCGUCCACACAUGGAUGUUUGAUACAUGGCACGUUCCAGGAGUAUGCCGUUUCAUAUACCGACUACGUCACUCCCAUACCUGAUAAUCUGGAUGGGGCCGAAGCAGCACCCCUUCUCUGUGCUGGCCUGACCAUAUAUCGAGCGCUCAAGGAAACAAAGGCGAAAGCUGGUCAAUGGGUUGCCAUCACGGGAGCUGGUGGCGGCCUAGGUCAUUUGGGUGUCCAGUUCGCCGUUGUUCAGGGACUGAGGGUCAUUGCUAUCGACACCGGAGCGGAAAAGAAGGAGCUCUGCAUGAAACUCGGCGCGGAACGUUGGGUCGAUUUCAAGGAAACGAAAGACCUAGUUCAAGACGUUAUUCAAGCUGCAGAUGGUGUAGGACCUCAUGCUGCUGUAGUUGCCGUUGGCCAUCCUCAGCCAUUCAAUAGCGCAUUGCGAUAUCUUCGUACGACGGGCACUCUUGUCGCCGUGGGUAUGCCUACUGGGGACUCGACGCUUAACGUCCCGAUUGGACUGUUGAUUUCGAAGGUAUUGAAAAUUGUUGGGACAGCUACCGGAACACGCCAGGACAUGGAAGAAGUCUUGAGGAUGGCAGCUACCGGUAGAAUCAGAUGCAAAGUUGAUGUUAGAAAGCUUGAAGAUGUCAACCAGGUUAUGGAUGAUAUGGUUGCAGGCAAGGUGAAUGGAAGGGUUGUUUUGAAGAUUUGAGCUGGUAGAUCAUCAUGAUUGGUAAGGAAAGAAGACCGCGGAGCGAAGAUGUAUUCUAUUUCUUGUAAGAAAUCCAGAUACACGGUUCAAGAUU